AUGGAGAACAAUGAUGAGAGAGAAAGAGCGAGAGGGGGCACAGGAAAUGAGGAGGAUGGAGAUGACACAGAAGGAAAGCACAACUCAGAAAACAAAGAUGAAAGUGAUGACCAUUUAGAGAAGGCUCAUAGUUGGGGGUCACUUCCUGAUGUGUGCUUGUGGCAUGUCUUCUGGUGGCUAAAAGACCGUGAUCGCGUGAAUGCGGACCUGGUGUGUCGUCGUUGGCACUCUGUGAUGCGCUCCCCUUCUCUUUGGCGUGUCCGCUCCUUCCAUUUCCCGGUUCGGCCCUCCAAAAAAAGGGGCACUGCAUAUUCCUCCACCAUGACUUAUGCCCGUUACUUCGGGGCCUACUUGCACAAGCUGGAGGUUCAUGUGUUUCCUUCUCCACGCAGUUCUGCCAUGGCACAACAUCUGCAAUGCACAAUCAAAGGACUGUUUGAUGAACUCAUCAGGGCAAACACUCGAUUGCGGUCCCUCUCCCUUGUAGGGUUAGAAUUGGAAAACCGCUGCUGGACGUGUGGGCUCAGGAGCUCUUUAGUGAACAGCCUGAUUCACUUCAUCCAAAAAGGGGCAUCACAGCUAACCACUGUUAAGCUGAAGAGGAUGCGAAAUACCCUACAGCAGGGUCUCGACCUGCUCUCAGCCUUGUCACUUGCACAGAAGCACCUCUACCCCCGAGAUGGUAUCUCAACUCUGGAUUUGGAGGAAUUCUUCUCUGGUUACCUGCAAGUCUACCUCAAUCACAACAUGCCCCGCAUCCUGCACGACAUACAAGGCCUCACCAACCUGAACCUCAGUUACUCCUGUCUGUCAGAUGCACUGUUGAUGGUUCUGGGGCACAGCUGCAUCAGAAGGAGACUCAAGUUUAAAACCUUGAAAACACUCUCACUGCGUUGCUGUUUCAAUGAGCCCCAUGAACAGGUGGUGCUUGGCACCUCCUGGGCAAGCAUUGCAUCGAGGUGUCCGGACCUGACAGUCAAAAUUGAGGUGAUGCACGUGAUCAACACUUAUCGACUGGCUAGGAUCCUAUUACCAGAGAUUCCCCUCAUAGAGUUCCAUAUGAAUGCCGUUUACUCCGCUGAUCAAGACUGGAGCGCCAAGCCUGUCCUUUCUGAAAUGCUGCCUCAGUACAGAUACAGCCUGCAGCAUCUGCACCUGGAUAUACGCAACUGCAAUGAAUACUUGGAUGAGGAGCUGGUAGACCUGGUUAAGAUGUCUGUGUGUCUGAAGGAGCUGAGUGUCUGGGCCUUCCUGGAGAUCAACACUGUGGAGAAACUACUGCAGAACAGGCUGACUCAACGGAGCUGUCUCAACAAUAUCAGAGUGAUGAUCUACUCUUUAAGUGAGGACACACAAGAGCAGGAGGAGGAGCUGGCGAGAGUGCUGUCUUGCUACUCAAAUCUGCCCCCUGAGCUAGACUUCUUCGCCAUAGUCUACUGCUGUGAUUGA